AGAGAGAGAGAGAGAGAGAGAGAGAGAGCGCUUCCCCUGGCAGGCAUCUUCCCCCUCAGUCUGACCGCCCACAGUCCGGGGGGAGAAAGUGCUGCUUUGUGAAUGAAGGGAGCGGCGGAGGACAGAAACAAACUUUACCAAAAUUACUUCCGACGUUUUUACUUCCAACAGGUUUCGACGGUGCAACAAGCGACACCUGGGCCGACAAGGACCAAGGAAAUACCAAGCUCCCCUCAGGGUAUUUUGCAGAAGUUGUACAUCAUGGUGGUCAGUUUGGCCUGUGUGGCCUGUCUCUGCCUGGUGGUGGUAGUCAGUGGUGACCCCUGCCUCAUCAUCAGCGAGAUCAACGCCGACAACCCCAGACUGGACACCACUGAGUUUGUGGAGUUGUAUCACACAAGUGGACAACGGGCUUCCCUAGAUGGCUACACCCUUGUGUUCUUUAACGGAAAUGGAAAUAUAGCCUACAAGGUGCUGGACCUCAAAGGCCACAGCACAAAUGACCGGGGGUUCUUCCUGGUGGGCUCGGUGGACAUGCUGCCCAAGCCGGCCAUCCUCCUUCCCCCUAACACGGUCCAGAACGGCCCGGACGCCAUCGUCCUCUACCACUCGUCUGCUGCUCGAUACAAUGAGAAGAUGAACGUCACGGCCUUCGGGCUGGUGGAUGCCGUCGUGUACAUGACUCGCCGUACUGGUGGCGCAGAGUUCCUCGCUGAGACUCUGACACCAGGAGAACCAGCCUUCGUCGAGGAUGAAACGGCCCUUGAGGGGGACGAGUCAAUUGAGAGGUGCCUGAUGUCCGAGGAUCGCUGGGGCUUUCAGGUGUCCUCACCCUCCCCGGGUAAGAGGAAUAACUGCACCCCGCCUGCCGUCCCAGCAACCAUCCCUGUCAUCACUGAGCUGAAGCUGGGAGGAGGGCAGGUGGACGGCUUUGUGGAGCUAACAGAAGCUCCAGCUGCAGGUCCUCUGGUGCUGGUGGUGUUGGACGGGAGAACGGACAGGGUCAGCGUGAGUGUGGACGUGAACGUGGAAACCUCCAGGAAUGGGUUGAUCUCCGUGAACAUAGAGAAGAGCUACAUGAAAGGAGAUGAGUCUGGAGCAGUGGCUAUUUACAGUGGCAGAGCCUCAGACUUCCCCUUGGGCAGUCCGCUGAGCCAGAUCCAGCCUCUAGAUGCAUUUGUGUUCGCUGGACCUGGAAACAAGCCGAGUGCCAACCUCACAGAGACUCUCAUCCCAGGCAGGGAGCCCUACCAGCUCAGCAACAGUUUAAGAGAGGGAGGCUUCUACCUGAGUCGCUGUGGUGUGGCCACCUGGGCCAGAGAUCCUGGUGUCUUCUGGGAGGCCCCGCAAACUCCCGCACAGCCCAACCAGUGCCCCUGGCCAAAGAUCUGCCCGCACAGUAUCGUGAUUCCAGGAGGUACAGAUUCACCGCAUCACCUCCCGCCCUGGGGGAACAGUGACUUCCUGAUCAAUGAGCUGAACACUGAUACACCUGGCGCAGCUGAGGACGGCGAGUACAUCGAGCUUUGGCACCCAUCAGGACGCCGGGUGUCCCUGCAGGGCAUCUGGAUACUGCUGUUCAGUGCACACAACAACAGACCCUACAGGGAGAUCAGCCUAAGUGGACACUUCACCACUUCUAAGGGCUACUUUCUUCUGGGCAGUGACAGGUUGGUGCCGGCUCCCUCGCUCCGCCUACCCCCCAAUACCAUCCAGAACGGACCAGAUGCUGUGGCGCUCUAUCGCAGCCCUUUUGGCCCACCAUCAGCCACACAAAGGGGCAUCCCCACCAAAGGCCUGCUGGAUGCAGUCGUGUACCGGCAGAGAGGAUCAGACAAGGAGGCGCAGGAGCUGAGUAAAGCUCUGACCCCGGGACAGCUGCCUCUGCUGGAGGAUCCAGAGGUUCUGCCUGGUGAUGAGGCCCUCAGCCGCUGUAGAGGCCUUUACCCCUACGACCUGUCGGCUUUUUCAGUGGCUCCACCCACGCCUCUGCGGGAGAACAGCUGCCCCCGCCCCCCUCCAGCCCCUGAGGGUGUGGUCAUCAGUGAGGUGGCUAGUAACCAUUGGACCAAUCACAGCAAGCAGAGGACAUUUGUGGAGCUGCACGGGCCCCCCAUGACAGACCUGCGGGGCCUGGUGCUCUCCGUGUUUGACCAGGAGCGCACUGGCACCGUCAUCGCCCUCCCUUUGACCGGAUCUGUUGACCAGCAUGGGUUUUACAUCGUUGGAAAUGUCACUGGAGCAGAUCAGACUUUCCCGGAGGGCUCCGCGGUGCCGGGACGAGGAGCAGUAGUCCUGUGCUACGACCUGUUCAGCGUCUGCAGAGCUGGCACUGCUCUCACAAACUCCAGUCUGAGAGACUUAAUCGUGUUCAGUGAAAACCAGCAGCUGCUCUCGUCUCUGUCCACCACCAGAGGGAGACAAGUGAUUCCAGCUGCCAGGUCAGUGGAAGAUGGUCCCGUUUCGCUCAGCCGGUGUUCAUGCUGCGAGGUGAGGAGCCCCUCCUCCUGGACAAGCUCCUCGCCGACACCUCACAGCACCAACCUCUGCCCGAGCGCCGCCUUCUCAAGUCACAUCGACCUUUGCCUCGGACCCCUGUCCAGUGACUGGCUGCUGCAGUCUGGAGACUGCAGUGGUCUAAUCCAGGGGAAGAGGGUCACUGAAGUCGCCGAAUACCUGGAGCAAAGGUGUCACUGUGGCAUCUCUGCCUUGUAUCUUCAAGGAGCCAACUUUUCCUGCGUGUCCGGGUGGCUGCGAGUGUGGGGGAACAUCCAGGCGCUGUCGGACCAUCAGAAAGCCCUCAUCAUCCAGACAUCGCACAUGAAUCCUUCAUCUGCUCAGGGAGACGUCUGCUCUGCUCCAACCACGGGCCGCUACUCAAGCACAGCGUCUGCCCUGGGGUUACAGAUCGGGCUGAUAGUAGCAGUGCUCCUGCUGCUGGGACUAGCAGCUGCUCUGUUCACAUAUUUCUACAGGAGGAGGCGCCCACUGGACUACUACACCAUGGAGCUGAGCGAACACGCAGAGGGACUGUCCGAUCUAUAAUCCAGGCAUCUGGAAGUGCUCGUGUGCGUGGGAGGACUUCAGCAGAGGAAGCGAGGGGUAAUCGGAGGUUAAUUUGACCUGUACCUAACUGAUUGUGCGGUUCUUUUGAAACAAGUGCCACCACAAGUGUCCUUCUGUGUGUCUCUUUUUGAAGGAUCAUUGAUGAAAUGAAUCGUAAUUGUCUUGUUAACAUUGUGGUUGCAUCCAGUGUGUGAUAUUUCAUGGCACCUGUGACACUUCAAUCAGGCAACCCAUUAAUUAAGAUAAAUAACAUAUAAGGUCGGUGGACUGUGAACAGUGCUGGUUACUACUUUUUAAAUGAACAGGAAGAUAAAAAGGCAGGAUUUUGUUUUUUAAUACUUGAGUCCUAAAUGGUCAUUUUUGUUGACUUGUUUUAUGUUGUGGAAAAAAGCCUUUUUAAAGUAAAAAUAAUUAAACAAGCAUGCUAUGCAGGAAGCUCUAUCAACUUAAUGACCUUCAUCACAUUCUCAGCUGGUACGGUGUUUUAACAGCAGACUUUAUAACCAAGAUAAUAUUCCUUAAGCUCACAUUUAGUCUUCAAAACGGUCGACUUCCUGCUUUGUUUUCCUGCUACAUGCUGUAAAAGUCUCUCAAAAGGGCUUUGAUUGUCUUUUAAAUGUGAAUGUCUUUAGCUAACUUGUGAUGAGGUGUCUGUAACCACUUGUGUAUGCUUACUUAAAGCAAACUGUUUACAUUUUCUUGAUUUGAAAAUUAGAAAGGGAUGUGAGAGAGCAAUUUCUUGAAUGAAGAGUAUUUGUUUUCAGAACAGAGAUUUGCUUAAGAAAAUUUAUAUUUCACUUGUGUGUGUGUGUGUUUGUGUGUGUGUGUGUGUGUGUGUGUUUUUAUAGCGGCUAAGAAACCUCUACUGUGCCUAAUGUACUUGUGUGUUAUUUGAUCAGCUGAUUCCUCAUUUAUUAGAGGGAAAGUACAGCCAUCUCUGCCAUAAGUGUAAAUACUGCGGAUAUGUUAGUUUUUCUCAGGGGGGGGGGGGAUUAUCGCCAAUCUGAAGUGAUAAUUUAUUGUAGAAAUGCAGAAACUAGCUGAGUUCAGAGCAAAAAGUUCAAUAUUUUGAUUCUGAUUCCACUUUUAUAAUAGAUUCAUGAAAUCUAAAAAGUUUAAUUUGAAGAUAAUCAUAAAAUCGGUAAUACAAAGUGCCAUGAAAUAAACGUAGAAGCCUGGAUAUGCAUCAUUUUUAAUAUAGUUGAUGUGCCGCUUGCCUAGUAAUGUUGCCUCGCUCAUCUGCUGUGGUGCACAGACUUCCUCAGAUCAAAUCUUUCAGUAUUGACAUUUAUUAAUACACCUUUUGUCAGGCAAAGUGAACCCUGUGAAAUCAGAUUUAUUUUUGACGCUUUCAUAUUCAGCUAAUUUGUAAAAAGAAAUAAAAAACUAGAUUUAAAAAAAGCAAAAUCCUGUAAAUUAAGUAGUUUUUUGUAAGCAAAAAUGUUUCCCCCCCCUUGAAAUUGUGUUGUCAUGUAAAAAUGUCUCUUUUUUUUGUUGUAAACUUCUGUAUGUUUAGGUUUUGUGUAAAAACGGUACAUGUUGAAAGUAUUAAACAAAUGGCAGAACCUCAACAUUACACCCCACAUAAUAUAUUGAACUGCACAUGUACUGACUGUUCGCACUGAAGAAGCUACAGAGAAUUCCUCAACGUAAUGUGACGCUCGGAGCACUUAAUCCUAAGAAGUGCGCAAAAUUUUGAUCAACAAAUGUUCAAAUCUGUCAGACAACAAACCAGAAACGUUACAAAUUACAACACGUCUGUGUACGUGCAGCAGAGAACUGAAGAACAUUUGCAAAGAGAACUUCUUUAUCAUCUGCACAUCAUGGUCGCAAUUCAAAACGUUCAUUUUCCCUUGUUUACCUUCCAUUGUCAUGCACAUGUAGCAGGUUUGAAAUAAAAAUACUUCCGCAGAUGUGCAAUUUGUGCAGUCUCGCAGUUGUUUUCCGACCCGU